AUUGAGAAGGGAGAUUAAAUUUGAGAAUCAACAUAGCUCUUAGUCAUCAGCUGGUAUGGUUGUAAUUCAGAAACCUUGUUAAACGCGGUGUAUGGUCUUGGAUUUUAGGUAGGUGUAGUGCUUGUGAUGGCCAUUGCUGCAGUUAUCGGACUCUAUGCAGGAAAUAGAAUCCUAAGCUCGUCAUUUUAUUAUUCUGAUCUUACUGAAAAGUUAGCUUGUAGUGGUGAUCAUGCUUUGAUCUGCAAUCCUACUUGGAAUGUGAUCAAUGCUAAGAAGUCAUCCAAUUAUAGCGCCGGCUAUGUUUCCAAUCGAAAAAAACAAUCUGUUAAGGCUGUUAAAGAGCAUGUGAACAUUGCAUCUAAUCAUUCUGAUGUGGAGCCAAUGGUUGAAAUGUUCAAAAAGCUGCAGAAUGAAAGCUUCAGUGAAGAAGAUUCAGUGGAGGUUCUUCUUCUGCUGCAGAAAUCUAUGCUUGAAAAACAAUGGAAUCUUUCAGCUGAGAAAACAUUGGCAGCUUUUCCACCAAAUGAAAAGAACUGUAAAAAGAAGAUGCAGAUCACUUGUUCAGGGACUUCUGCUAGGCGGAGGAGAAUGGAUACUCGUAAAAGAGUUCAAAUUCCAAAAACUUCAGCUGCUGCAAAUAGUGCAAGCAAGCGACUGAGAUCUGUUGUCGGUCCAGAGCUACAACAAAACCGUUUGAGAGGUUACAUGAAAGGUGUCGUAAACCAAGAACUGCUUACACAUAAGGAAGUCGUGCAACUAUCCAAGAAAAUCAAAUUUGGUCUUUAUUUAGAAGAACAGAAGGCCAGUCUGAAGGAAAGAUUGGGAUGUGAACCUUCUGACGAUCAACUCGCGGUUUCCUUGAAGAUGUCUCUUGCUGAUUUACGAUCUACAUUAAUGGAGUGUUCCUUGGCCAGAGAAAAACUUGCAAUGAGCAAUGUUCGUCUCGUCAUGUCAAUUGCACAAAGAUAUGAUAGCAUGGGUACUGAAAUGGCUGACCUCAUUCAGGGGGGCCUUAUUGGACUACUUCGCGGGAUAGAGAAAUUUGAUCACUCAAGAGGAUUCAAAAUCUCAACUUAUGUUUAUUGGUGGAUUCGUCAGGGCGUCUCCCGAGCAUUAGUUGAUAACUCGAGAACCUUAAGACUGCCCAUACAUCUACAUGAAAGACUGAGUUUGAUCCGUAAUGCAAAAGUCAAGCUUAAAGAUAAUGGAAUAACUCCAUCAAUCGAAAAAAUAGCUGAAUGCCUUAACAUGUCCCAGAAGAAAGUCAGGAAUGCAACUGAGGCAAGCAGCAAGGUGUUUUCACUUGAUAGGGAAGCAUAUCCCUCUUUAAAUGGCCUUCCUGGAGCAACACUUCAUAGCUAUAUUGCUGAUAAUCGCCUGGAGAACAACCCGUGGCAUGGAGUUGAUGGAUGGGCGCUCAAGGAUGAAGUAAACAACCUCAUUUCUUCAACUCUUAGGGAACGCGAGAGAGAUAUUGUCCGACUGUACUAUGGUCUGGACAAUGAGUGCCUUACCUGGGAGGAUAUUAGUAGAAGGAUAGGUUUGUCCAGAGAAAGAGUGAGGCAGGUUGGAUUAGUUGCACUUGAGAAAUUAAAACAUGCUGCCAGGAAAAAGCAAUUAGAUGCAAUGUUGGUUAAACAUUGAGUAUGAUCGUUGAGACCAAACUACAAAUGAACUGUACAUAGAAUGUAAGGAAACCUGCAUCUCCUAUUUUAUUUUCUUGAUGAGGAGAACAGAUGAAGAUCAAAGGGACAUUCUUCACCAUCCACCUGUCCCAUGCCUCCAAAUUCGUCCGAGAAGAGUCAGAAAGAUGUAGUGAAGAUUUUUGUGCAUCAUAUAUUUUAGGAUGUAUCUGUGUUUAUUGAGAUAGUAGGUAGGUAAAUGCAAAUACUGUAUAUAUGUUCUUUGUGUUGACUUAUUUCAUACACUUCAUGUGAUAAUGUCCAUUUUAUAUGAUGUAUC